AACCAGCCCCUAUCUUCUAUAGGGUCCAUCUCUACAAUGAAGGUUUUAUUACUGAAAGACCCCAAAACUAAGGAUUUGGCUUCAGAUCCAUAUGUUAAGGAAUUGUCAUCGUAUGGAUUACAGGCAACAUUAAUUCCCGUGUUAUCCUUCAAAUUUGUGUCCCUGGAUCAUUUCUUUGACAAGCUUUCCCACCCAGAGAGUUAUGCUGGUCUCAUAUUUACCAGCCCAAGAGCAGUAGAAGCCGUGAAAUUAUGUUUGCAAACACCCGAUCAUAAAGAAGCUUGGAAUGACCGGCUCUGUGCCAAGUGGAAUUCUAAACCCGUUUAUGUGGUUGGCAAAGCUACAGCCUCUUUGGUUGAAGAGAUUGGCCUUUCGUCAGAAGGAGAAGGGUCAGGAAAUGCAGAAAAGCUUGCGGAAUGUAUCUGCUCAAAGGGAUUAUCGUAUUCUGCACCCAUUCUUUUUCCUUGUGGAUCUUUGAAAAGAGAGGUUCUUCCUAAAAAACUUCAAGAAAAAAAGGUACCUCUAGAGACCAUUACGGUUUAUCAGACUGCCCCGCAUCCUGCCGUACAAGACUCUCUUAUGAAUUAUUUCACUAAGGAAGGUGUCCCAGCAAGUGUUGUGUUCUUUAGUCCGUCUGGAGUAAAAUAUUGUCUCAAGUUUCUCAAGGACCUACCUAAUGAUCAGCUUAAUCAAAUAAAGUUUGGCGCCAUUGGCCCUACAACUGCGGAAGCAAUGGCCGAAGAAGGCAUCCCGGUGUCAUGCACUGCUCUGAACCCCACGCCUCAGGACUUAGCAAUAGGAAUAAAGCAAGCUGACAUGCAAUAAAAAUGCUAAUUGGGCUUGAUGGACCUUCUGCCAAGUGCGGCGUGAGUGAGCUUCGUGAUGAAAGGUUAUCGAUUCCCUGCAACUUCUUGGGAAAGUCUGUACUGAGUUAAAUAAUGGUGCAAUAAAAUGCUGACUCCAAGGGUAACUGUCAUUGAACAUGUCAACUGCAACUUGUGGCAGUGUUUACUUUCUUCUGCAUCUUAUGAUAUGUAUAUAACCAGGCCUAUGAAUUAGCAGAUCAUGGGUCUAUAGGGAAUAAGCAACCUCUGUUACUGCAUUGCACCUUCCAGCAGCCCCAUUGCCUUGAUCCCCAACCCGUGGCUCAUAAGCAACAUGUUGCUCCCAGUGGCCUUAAACUAGGUGCCCAUUUUAAAAUGGGUCUUGGAGGCAAGUUUUGGAAGUCCGGAGACACAGUUUUACUCCAAGCAGAGCCUCCUGCAGGCCAGCAGUCACAUGGGGCUACCAAAUAGCCAAUCACAGCCCUUAUUUGGCACCCCCAAGGAAAUUAUUUCAUGCUUGUGUGGCUCACCAACAUUUUUUAUUCACUAGUGUGGCUCAUUAGUAAAAAAUGUUGGGGUUCCCUGCCUUAGAGGGAUGCUGGGAGUUGUAGAUCUUUAGCUGAGAUUCCAAUGUAUGGUCUUUAUAAUAGAUUAUUUACAAAAUGUAUCCUUUAAGCACCAUGCUAUGCAGGCCUUCACCAAAGAACCCAUAUUAAUGCAUUAAUGAUACGGGCUGAAAAGUUUUCGAUUGUGGGUAAGACCAAAGCGCACAGAGACGAGUUGAUGUUCACCUAUGUUAGUAAAUCAGCCCUUCAGAUGGUUUAUUUGUGGCCCCAAAAAUAUACAGGGUGAUAGUAGGUUUAAUGGACUAAAAUAAAUACAACUUUUUUUUAAUCUCA